AUGGCUUCCUCGAAUGCUACAACUGGUUUGGAAAAACCUCCUGCUUCCUCUUACGCCACCAUCACAGCUAGUAAGUCAGUUCUAGUAGCCAUUACCACUGAGGCAGAUGAGGAAUUCGAUGCUUUCCUCGAGGAGAAUCCUGGCAAGCUGUUUGCUUGCUAUGUUACUUAUCCCAGUAGCUACAGCCCUAUGCAGGACAGUAUUGUUGAGGGGAUCAGGGACACCAUCACCAAGAACAACUCAAAGUUUCUUGAUGAGGGGUUGUUCUGGUCAGAGUUCAAGGGUGGCACUCCAGCUAGGAGGGAUGUGCACAGGAUUCUGGUGGCAUUUACACAUGAGGAAGAUCAGGCUGCUUUUAGGAGCUUGAUGCAGGUUAUGUUCAAGGAUCCACAAGGGGUGUGGCUUCAUGCUCAGAUAGGUCAGGAGCGUCUUUCUUACGAGGACAUCCUAGGCUCUUCGGGAGACAAGGGCCAGAAAGUGUACAUGGUCCUGAAGAAGAUGCCAGACUCCUUCACGGUAACUCAGAUUGAGAAGUUUUUCACAGACUUUGUCUGGAAGUCAAAGGGGUUCACUCACCCCUUCCUCGGCAGCAUUGAUAAAAUCACAUGGUUCUGGCACAAGAGUGGAUUCAUGCAAGCAAUCGACGACGACAAGUACAUCGAGCUCGUGUCUGCGGACGACUCGAGGGAGGCGUGGAAGUGCACUCUCUGCAUCGUUGCGGGCAAAGGCUUCUUUGGUUGCUACCGCCACAUCGGCUGCGACGCCCACAAGCAAGCUCUCUCCGACGAGGCCGA